UUAUGGUGGAACGGGUACUUGUCAGAGUUUACGAAAACCUUGUAUUUUCAAUAUUUUGCACAAUUAGAUUUUAGAUUAUAUAUAGUUUAAUGGGAAACGCGAAUAACAAAAGUACAUUUACUGGUAGAAGCCAAAGCAGUUUCUUUAGUUCAACUCGGGAACCUCGCGCUUUUUCUAGCCAGUUCAGUUUGUCCCACUUUGGUAAUCUCAGCGGCCGCUCCUUCGCAAGUGUAACAAGUAACCAGUCGGUAUAUAGCGCAUCACGACCUUGGUCUCGAGUUUCCAGACGAAGAUGGAAUGAAUCAACACUAAAUAGCCCAUUAGAGGCUAGUAAAACCGCCUGGCCUGUUGCAAAUAAGGAGUCAAUAUUCUUACCUGAAUUUCCGAUAACCACAGACCUGCAACAAAAGCAAUUUGUGAUAAUUAAAACCAUCGCCAAAGGAGCUUUUGGAGAAGUGUACAGAGUGAACAAUACGAAGGAAAACAAAGAAUAUGCACUUAAAGCUCUAAACAAAAGCCAGGUUGUCAGCGAGAAUGCGAUCAGACAAGUGAAGGAGGAAGCUCGAAUACAGGCGGCAGUCGGUCAUCACACCUUCAUAGCUGGAGCGGUGGCGCGGUGGCAGACCAAGAAGAGACUGUAUAUAGUUUCAGAGUACAUACCGGGGGGCGAGCUGCUGGCGCUGCUAGACAGACACGUGAGGCUGCCGGAGGAGCUGGUCAAGCUGUUUGUCGCGGAGAUCGCCAUAGCUAUAGAUUUCCUUCACAACGCCGGCAUAAUAUACCGCGACCUCAAGCCGGAGAAUAUUCUUCUGGACGCCGACUACCACAUCAAGCUCAUAGACUUCGGCCUGUCCAAGUGGCUGACCAUCGGCUCCCGGACUACAACCGUCUGCGGCACGCUCAAAUACAUGGGUGAGUCGCCUUGUAUUGACACCGGCAACAUGAACGCGCGGACGAUAGCGUUCGAAAUGUCCAUGGAAGGCAGCCAGGUCGACGAGGUGGUCGCCAGCAUAUUCCACACGGUGCUGUUCCACCGCUCCAGCGGCAAGUUCACGUACAACAACGAGGAGAGCUACUCCAUCCGCACAGUCAGCUACGUCGACGUGGACUGCGACUUCAUCGACUUUACCUACGUGUGCUGCGAGUCUCCCGCAUUAGGACGCAACGUCAAACGCGAGAUAUCCGACUUCUCCGAGCUCCUACGGGGAUUGGACUCCAACUCCAACCCUCGCGGGACAAUCAGCCUCGAGUUCUUCCAGAAGCGCCGAACCCGCUGGCCGUUCCAACCGGAGUGCGUGCCCUGGGAGGUGUGGACGGUGUGCUGCGAGCUCACGGAGUCCAGGACAGAGCAGGACAUGCGCAGCAAGCACGAGAGCGUUGUCGAAAUGCUCCAGGAUAAGAUAGUUUUCAUCACCGAGAUCAUCAACCGCCAUGAGUACGUGCCGAAGAUGCCGAGCCGGUCGGACGCGGAUCUCAUCUUCGACACGUCGUACUCCGACAUCCAGCCGUAUCUCUUCAAGAUCCACUAUAACCUGUCCGGCGCGCCCUCCACGUCGGUCGGCAACACGGUCCGCAAACUGAUCAGGGACACGCUGUCCUUGUGAUGUAUGCUGUGUCUUUACCAGAUGACCGCGCCGUCUAUACAGUAAACCACGUACGUACCUCCAAAAGUUCGGAGUGAACAUCGCUAGUGUUCUAAAGAGAAUAGAGGUAUAGUUUUGAAUCUUAGUCCGUCUCUGUUCUCUCUAGAAUGUCAGUCUUUCCAAUUUGUCUUCUUUAGCGAGUGUAAUACGAAAAGUGCAAUUAUAUGUGCGAACAAAUGUAAAUAGUUAUUAUAUUUCUAAUAAUUAAUAGGGAUGAUAUUUUUGCAAUAUUCUAUUUACAAUGUACUUAUAUAUAAAUAUUUUGCACGACGAGAAGUCAUAUUAUUUUAAUAUAUUUAUUCGGACAUUACUAUGAUUUGUUUUUGUUGUUAACUCGUAAUGUGAUGUUGAUAUUGUUUGACUUUAUGUUGCCUGUAUGGUUUUUGUAAAUAAGUGAGUAGAGUGAUAGGUUGCGUGACGUCGUUCGCCCCAGCGGCUAAAAAAACGAGGCCGCCAUCUUGAGAAUGCGUAGCUGUCAGUUUGACAGUGACAGAUCGUUGUCACUUGGAAAUAUAUUCUAAAAUGUAUGUGUUGCCAGGACGUGUGGUAGCGGUGAGAGAAAAUAGUUUUACUUCCACUCUUUGUGCCCAGUCGUGAAGUUAUUUAGUUAGCUCGAUGUUAAUCUUCAAUUCUUAUUUAUAUUUAGUAUCUACACUGGCUGGUUAAUGUGUCCACUUGUGUUAUUCAUAGUGAUUUAUUUUAAUCUUGUGCUUAGAUAGUAUAAGUUCUGUAUGACGCACUUAACAUAUACUUGUACAGAUUUGCACUUAAAAUAUUAUGAUAUGACGUAUUAAAUUGUCGAGUUUUGAAUUUAAUGAAUGAAUGGCUAAUAUAUGUUUGGAGUAAGUUUUUAACAUAAAUUCUAAGUUUUUGCUUAAUUAAUGAGCUGUAUCGCAAUAAAGAUCGCUACUUUAGAGUUAUAUUACUGAUAUUUUAAUAUUAGUCGAGUGUGUUCACUCGAGAUGUAUAGUCUUUUGACUAAUUUGUUUUUUAUAUUAAAACGACGGCUUUGUGAUAACGCUGACACUAGAUACUGUAACUGUAUAAACUUCAUCGAUAGCAACAUAAUGUUAAGAGUAUUAUACGCUAAGUGUACAUAUAGAUGUAUAUAAUUUUCUAAGAAUUUUCCGAAUAGGGAGUGUUUAAAAUCGAGAGCUUUAUCAAAAUAUGUUUAGUGUUCUUAAUUAGUGACGGGUGAGGUGACGUAGGAUAUUUAUUUUGAAUUGCCACAGUCGGUGCGAAAUAGUGACCUUAGUUCCCUUCCUACUAGAUUCAGUGUUUCGAAUUCCUAAUAUAUUAUAUUUCUGUGACAUAGAAUGUAUGGAUAGUAUUGUAUGUAAGCUGUGAGUUUGAAUUAAUGUUUAGGGUAGUUUUAAAAUUUAUCUCUCAACAGAUAUUUAUUAUAAUGAAGACGCAAUCGAAUUUUUCAAUUUCAACUCUCGUGUCUGCUUUAGUAGAAUAACCUCCUAAAUUGGCAAAUUUUGUGAGCUAUUCUGUUCUAUCAAUGUCUCUGGUUAUUCUGUUGUUAAUAUAAUCUAUUAAAUAGGUUAUUUAUUAGAUUAUAUUGUGACAAAUGUAAAGACAAGGAAAACUUUCUCAUGCCUUGAAAAAGUUAUGAUUUAGUUAUUAAAGAGAAGUAAACAGAUCUCAUAGGAGAUUUAGAUGGUGUUUAAUUAAUAAUUAAUAAUGAAUGUUAGAAUUAAUGUUGAAAAUACAAUUUUUAAUUACUAUGAAAAUGACAUUUCUGUACAAGAAUUUUAAAACUUUCUAUAUUACAAUUCUCUUGGUCAUUAGCCAUUUUAAAGAUCGACGUUUGAUUUUGAAUCAUAAAAAUAGUGAAUUGUAAAAUAUGUAUUUUAUUAUUGUACCUUACAAAUUCGUAGCUAAUAGUAAUGGGAUCAUAUAUCUAUUUAAUGUGAAGUAAACAAAUAGUUUUUUGCUCUAUAACAUUAGAUGAACAUAUAACCGUAGUACCUGUAAUAUUUUAAUAGAUCAAUUACCUUUCCUUCUAACACUGACGCCCAGUCUCUGAGUUUGACAAAAGUUUAUGUAUUCGCUAGCGCAUUGGCGUAAUAGUUAACCAAUCAAAAACACUAUUGAAAAGAUAAACUCCAGUCAAAGCAUCAGAAAUUGGGCAUUAUAAAAUCAGAUAGUUAAUGGUGAGCUUGUGAAACUGGUACCAAAUUUGGUAAUGCAGCAUGGGUACAACUACAUAGAUUUCAAUUUGCUAAAUUAACAUUUGUAUCUGCACAUUUUGAUAUUUAAAAUUUAUAGUGUUGCCAGUUUUGCACAUUUUUUUUCUACACGACAAAGUGACCAAACAUUUUCGUUGGAAUCGAGCGAAAAAUGAAUCCAUCCAAUAUUGAAUUUCUAAUUUUUUACUUUCCUACCUCAUUUUGUGACUAGCUUUAGCGUUUGCGUCUUGAUUGGAUAGUCUCCUAUAGUCCGGUCGAGGGACAAAGAGAAAUUCUUCCAUUGACCUAUCGCUGCCUGUCUCUUUCAUUCUUACAUGAAAAUAUUGGUAUCGCGCAGCAGCUUUAAGCCAAUAAGGAUUUCUCUCUAUUCCGCGCCCAGACUUAACCUUAAUAUUUAGCUGAAAUAAUUAUAACUAGUGAUGGGUAUUUAGGUCGAUAAAUAUCAGUGGUGAUAAUUUAUGAGUUUAUCGAUGGAUCUUCGGUACAUCCCAUCCCUAUUUAUAACUCAUCACCAAAGAUAAGGCUGUAUACAAUUUGCCAAUAUGAGUAUGACAAAUUUUAAUUCUAUUAGCGAUACUUGGUCCGAGUUUUAUGAAGAAUUAAUGCAAUGCACUUUUUUAUUAUUAUGUUCGGCUUAUAAGGCUUUUUUGACAAGAGUUUAUCUUUUAAAGUUAUUGAUUGGUUGACGUUUUGACGGUAGCCAAUCAAAAAAGCUGGCGAAUUGACAAACUUCAGGCAAGAAACCUUAGAAAUUCAGCAUUAUUGAAAAAAAAAAAUUGAGUCCGUUGCUAACCCUAUUUAAUUCCUAGGGUUGUCAACUGACUGUUUUUGAAGUUACUGUUUAUUGAUUCUUCUAAGCUUCGGUUCUAGUAUACUUACUUCGUAACACUUUAUGUUGUAUCAUAUCAAAAGGUACCUUGAAAGCUGUUCUGAAAAUUUGGGAUCUGGUGAUAAGACAAUAUAUUUACAAUCUGAAUUACCUGAGGUGUGAUUUGAAUAUUGUUCGAGAACUCAAACUGAUGAAAAUUGUUUUUUUUUUAAUCUUAGGCUACGGUAAGGUGUAACGUUUGACUAAACUGGAAUGAAAUGGCAGCAAGGUUUCAGAAAUACUUCUCGUUUUGUCGAAUGUGCUUUGAAUGUUUAAAAUUAAAACUAUUUUAACUUAUAAGGCUUAAGUAGCUGCGUUUUCGAACGUAAUAAUUGGCUAUACUUAUGCCAGUCUUAGUUAAUCUCUUGUUAAAAUAUCAUGCUUUCUCUUUCAUAGCGAGGGAAAUGACAUGAUAUUUAAUCAACGAUUAACUUUGAUAGAUUGGUGAAAUUGGUACUAAAUUCUUGGGUUCUCGGAUGCGUUUUGUAAAUAUCUGUAGCACACAAAAGAUGGCCUUAUUUGAAAGAUGACUAUAGUCGUUGUGUUCUAUGAUUCUUAUAUUGUAUGAAUGACAUAAUAUAUGUUGUGAUUUAUAAGUUCAAAAGUAAAUAAAAAUUAGUCUUGUGAUAAUUUAUAUAAAGAUGUAAAUAAAUUAUAAAGUAUAA